CAAUCGCCUGCCCCUCUCUCUCUCUCUCUCUCUCUCUCUCCCCCCAUAAUAGCUUACGGAAGCCGAAUUCUAGGGUUUGGAACUCUCGGGAAUCCGAAUAUCUUCAUGGAGAAGGAAGAAAGCAGGGUAAGGUUCUGUACAUUUGGAUCUUGAAAAGGCUCAGCGAUAGGAAGAAGAUUCUUUGUUUCGACGACGAUGACGAAGGAGAAUCAGCAGAGUUCUUUUGGAGUUUCUGAAGAUGUCCCCGUUGCGUUGGAAGUGGAAAUCGAGGAGGGAGUUGGCUGCGUUGAUGAAUCAGAUAGCAGACUGGCGUGUGAUCCUGAAGUAGAUGGUAGAUAUUUCUUGGAAUCUGCUGGGAUGGUUUUUGGCCAGGGAAGUUCUGCCCUUUCCCCCUAUGGAGACUCGUCUUCAGGGUUUAUCGAUAGGAGUUUGCCUAGAGCAAAUACUCUGCCUGUGGAGAUAGCAAGUGCCAACAAACCAGAGUCAUCACCAAGUCAGAUUAAUUUGAAAAGAUCAAAAACUGAGAGGCAGAGAGAGAAUUAUAUACGUGGUGACAAAGCAGCACAAUUGUUUGAUGACAAGAUAUCUACACGAAAGAAGAUUAAAAUAUUGAAGCGAAUAGCUACUGUGAAUGAUGACGGUACUGUAGAAUUUGUAUUUCCUCUCAGUGUCAAACAUGGAAGCUUUCAUUUGGUACGUCAAGAUGUUUCUACUGAAGCCACUGAUGAAGAACUUGUGGACUUGAGUGACAUGCAAUUUAUACCACCUCUUCAAAUAGCAAUGCUUAUUGUUGGAACUCGGGGAGAUGUACAACCAUUUGUUGCCAUUGGCAAACGCUUGCAGGACCAUGGACAUCGUGUCAGAUUAGCAACUCACUCAAAUUUCAAAGAAUUUGUGUUGGCUGCUGGAUUGGAGUUUUACCCAUUAGGUGGAGAUCCAAAAGUUCUUGCUGAGUACAUGGUCAAGAAUAAAGGUUUCUUGCCAUCAGUACCUUCUGAAAUAUCUAUUCAGCGAAAGCAACUAAAGGAAAUCAUACACUCUUUACUUCCAGCAUGCAAAAACCCAGAUGUUGAAUCUGGUAUCCGUUUUAAAGCAGAAGCCAUAAUUGCCAAUCCCCCAGCAUAUGGUUUAGGAGGUUGGAGAGCCAUGUCAGAUCCUUUGGUAGGAGCCAAGGCUGACCUGAACCGUCCAAAGAGUGGGCCUACAGAUGGGCGUGCGCACAUGUGGGAGAAUGGAGGACAUACACAUGUGGCUGAGGCACUGAAAGUACCGCUUCACAUAUUCUUUACAAUGCCUUGGACGUCAACUAGCGAAUUCCCACAUCCUCUUUCCCGUGUCAAGCAGCCAGCUGCGUAUAGACUAUCAUAUCAAAUUGUAGACUCGUUGAUUUGGCUUGGAAUACGGGACAUCAUAAAUGAUUUCAGAAAAAAGAAGCUGAAGCUACGACCUAUCACAUAUUUGAGUGGUGCCCGGGAUUCUGGUUCUGAUGUUCCCACUGGAUAUCUCUGGAGCCCUCACCUUGUCCCCAAGCCAAAAGACUGGGGGCCUAAGAUCGACGUGGUUGGGUUCUGCUUCCUUGACCUUGCAUCAAAUUAUGAACCUCCAAAAUCACUUGUGAACUGGCUUGAAGCUGGUAAAAAGCCUAUUUAUAUUGGAUUUGGUAGCCUUCCUGUUGAAGAACCAGAAAAAAUGACCAAAAUCAUCAUUAAGGCUCUGGAAAUCACAGGACAGAGAGGUAUCAUCAACAAGGGGUGGGGUGGUCUUGGAAUAUCCGCAGAAUCCAAAGAAUCUGUGUACCUACUCGACAACUGCCCUCAUGACUGGUUAUUCUUACAUUGCAUGGCUGUGGUGCAUCAUGGGGGUGCUGGUACAACAGCUGCUGGUCUUAAAGCUGCGUGCCCAACAACUGUUGUGCCUUUCUUUGGAGACCAGCCCUUUUGGGGAGAGCAAGUGCAUGCUAGAGGAGUGGGCCCUCCUCCUAUCCCAGUUGAUCAGUUCUCAUUAGAAAAGUUGGUUGAUGCAAUAAACUUCAUGUUGGACCCCAAGGUGAAGGAACGGGCUGUGGAACUCGCCAAUGCCAUGAGCUCUGAGGAUGGGGUGACAGGAGCGGUGCAGGCCUUCUUUAAACACCUCCCUCGCACAAUGCCUCAGCCUCAACCACCAACUGUCCCAUUCGGUCUCAGCGAACCUUGGUCAAGCCCUGUGAAGAGAUGUUUUGGCUGUUCCUGAUUUUCUUAAAAACUGGGCCUUAAUGUUCUGAUCUUUCAGUGCCUUUCCAACUAACUGUUGCAAUGUAUAUGUCCUAGAAAAUAUUGCUAGUUGUGCUGUUGUAAAUCAAGUGCCUUGCCUGUUUCUUUCCUUUA